AUGUCGUUAGCAAGUACCUCAGAGUUUAAAAGUCGUCAUGAGACAACAACUUUGAAUAGAAGUGGAAGUACCGAAAUAAACACAUAUUCUCCUAAGUCUCUACCUCGUAAAUCUGUAAGAAAAACAUUAACACGAGUGUCAUCACUUCUUUUUAAAACUGACAGAGAUCCUACUAAACGACAAACCAAAAAACUGGCUAAUGUUUUAGUCAGUUUACCAAAUAGCGUUGUUACUCUCAUUGACAAAAUUAAUAAUUCCCAGAAACCAUUAACCAAAUUAGUUGACAAAAUAUAUAAAGAGGAUUAUAUCCCAGAAGAUAUAGAAACAAACCAAACUAAUAUUGACUGUUCAUACUUGGUGAAGUUAUUAGAAAAUGAACAAAUAUACUUAUUUGAUGAAAUUAGUAAUAUUACUUCAGUUCUUAGUCAAUCAAAAACUAAAUUAUUAAGGUCUGCUCGAAUUUUAUGUAAUGGGAUGGAAGUAUCUCAUUUUCAUUUAUUAGAAGUUAUGAUAAAAGUACUACUUCCAGUUUCUGAGACAGGGUUUUGUGAUGCAUUUAUUAGUCGGUUUACAAUUCUUGAUGAUCCUGGGAAAAUGUUACAUUUAAAAUUAUUUUAUGAAACAAUAUCACAGAACUAUGAAAUUAUAUUUAGUAAAGAAAGGUAUGACCCUUAUUACAUUGAUGGAAUCUCUUCUCGUGAAAUUACUGCAGCUUCAGAUGAAACAAUGUUUGACUUAAUAUUUGAUAAUAAUUAUCAUGAAGAACAAUAUAUGAGAAAUUUUAUUUACUUUCUUCCAUAUGUAAUGAAACAUAGAGAUGUUUAUGCUACAAUUAUGAACUAUUACAAUAUUUUUAAUCAAGAACAUCCUGAAGAUGAUGAAAUGAAAGCUUUUUUAAGUUGGAAAUUUGUAAGAUUAGAAAGAUUAGUAUUGUCAUGGCUUGAUAUAAUGGCUACGAUGAUUUGUGAAGUCGAACCAGAGUUUUUUAAAGAAUUAAAUUCAUCUCCAUUACUUCAAAGUGAACAGUUAACUGUUAUUUUUAAGAAUAAAUUUCUUAAUUUCUUAAAGAAUUAUGACCAUAAACAUGACGAAAAUACUGAAGUUGAAGUUGCGCCAUAUAUGAAAAGUGUUGCUCGUGAUGUUUUAUUUAGUAUGGUAACAGAAGAAACUAGUGAUGAACAACAAAUAAAAAUACUAUUAGAAACCUUUACUAUAGAUCCAAUUUAUUCAAAAGACCAAAAAACUAAAAUUGUUAACUUAAUUCAACUAAACCCAGUAUUUCUUGCUGAACAACUGGUUUUAUUUGAUUUAACAGAAUUCCAAAAAAUUCAUUGUCAUGACUUCUAUUUAUCUAGAAAGAAUAACACAUUAGAAACUUAUAUAAGGUCUUGUCAAAAAGUAGAAUUUUUAGCUCUUAGAGUCAUGGAUAUUAUUAAAAACCAUAAAAUUUGUGAAUAUUUUAUCAAAGUAGCUAAUUAUUGCUAUGAAAUAAAAGGAUAUAACACAUGUUAUUUGAUUUAUUCUACUUUAACAACAAUAUCUAUUAAACAUCCUGAUGUUUGGUCUAAAGUUAAAAAGAGUAAAACACAAAUUUAUAAGAAACUUCAAAUAUUAUUUGAAAUAGGAAAUAAUUAUAAAAACUAUAGAACUAUAUGUACUGAUAAAGAGGGUAUUCCUAUAAUGACUAUUUGGAUGCAUGACAUUGUGAAUAUCAAUUGCAUUCCGAAUAAAAUUGAUGAACUUGGUUUAUUUAACUUCUCAAAAUUACGUGCUAUUGGAAGUAUUAUUACUUUAUUACAUAGUCUUCAAAAAAUUCAAUUUAGUUUUAAGCCCUAUGACGUUGUUCAAAGAGUAAUCAAUAACAUCAUUGUUCCAGAAUCAAAGUAG